UGAGAUGAACCCCUUAGGGCCUAGACUAGAGAGUGUAACCUUACGUGUCAUUCUUUCCGUGACUUUCAUAUUCCAAUUGUGUCACAAUCGGGUCACAUAAAAAAUUUCCAUUAUUCUCUUUUUCCUCUUCACCCAUUUUCCCCGGAUAUCCUUUCAUUUCCGAUUCAGAGUUUGUUGCGCGAAACAAAAAAAAAACCAUUUUCUUAUUCAAUAAAAAAAAAAAAAUCAAAUCUAGGGUUCACAAUUUCGAUUUCAAUUUCAAUUUUCAUCUCUCUCUUCCCCUUUUACUUUUCCUUUCCUUUCUCAUAAUUUUUCUCCUCUCUUUGUUUUAGAUCACCACAAUCCCUCGUAUCCAUCGAUCAAUUCGUUCUGAAACAUGAUCUUAUUUUCUCGGGAAAAUUCCGCUUUCGAUUUUAUCUAUCAACCUCUUUUUCCUUGUUCCAGUUGUUGUUGUUGUAGAAUUCCAUUUUCUUAGGGUUUCUAUAAUCGAUUGAAUCGUGAUCCCCAAAUUUCAAUUUGGGACAAUUCGUUUUUUUUGUUAUUAUUUCGGUAAUUUUCGUUAUCGUAAUAGAAUCGUGGAUAGGAAUAUAGGAGAAUACGAUAGGUGUUGGUAACUCUUUGUGAAUUAGGUUUAUUUGUGAAUAUAUAUAAUUGUGUAUCUGUUUUGGGAGUGAGUUAUGCAUAUAGAGGAAUUGAAGGGAAGUGAGGUUGUUGGAGAAGGUGGAGAGGAAGGUGGAUGGAGCUUUGUUGGUUCUGAUACGAAAAGGGUUUUGGUUGGAGCAGGCGCACGAGCGCUAUUCUAUCCUACGCUUGUUUAUAAUGUUGUUAGGAAUAGGCUUCAGGCUGAAUUUCGAUGGUGGGAUAAAAUUGAUGAGUUCGUAUUGUUAGGUGCCGUUCCAUUUCCUAUUGAUGUUCCUCGCUUGAAGGAUCUUGGUGUUCGUGGGGUCAUCACAUUGAAUGAGUCAUAUGAGACUUUAGUUCCAACCACAUUAUAUUAUGCCCAUGGAAUUGAUCAUCUGGUGAUUCCUACUAGAGAUUACUGUUUUGCUCCACCACUAAAUGACAUCUGCCGUGCUGUUGAUUUCAUACAUAAAAAUGCAUUGUCUGGACGCACUACAUAUGUCCACUGCAAAGCCGGACGGGGUCGCAGCACAACUAUUGUUAUUUGUUAUCUGGUGCACCACAAACUGAUGUCACCUGAUGCUGCAUAUGAAUAUGUGAAGUCAAUUCGGCCCAGGGUGCUUCUAGCUUCCUCUCAGUGGCAAGCUGUCCAGGAAUACUACCGCCACCUUAUUGUGAGGAGAGCUGUUGGUUUUGCACCUGCAGCUGAUCUAUUUGUAAAAGCUCCCGAGUUUUCAGCAGUUUCACGAGAUCUUGUAAAGUUUGAUGACAAUUCUGUAGUUGUGGUAACAGAACAAGAUCUUGAAGGAUACGACCCAAGUUGUCAAUCAGAAACCAUGACAAGUGAAAUAUGGGCUGAUUUAAGCGUUGUUUACCGUGUGCGGGUUGCUGGACAGGCAGCAUUGGCUAGAAUAUCCUGCCUUUGGCUGCGAUAUGGUGCCGACCAGAAGAUAUCUGCUGAAAAACUGAGCAGGGAAAGCAGUUGCUCAAUCAGAACUAAUCACUUGGGCGGAAUUAGCGUUGAUAUCCAUGUGUACUGAAAAAAAAAGCAGCCUGAGUUGCCUCCUCUUGGACAAGUUUCCCGGUGUUGUGCCCAAAUAAUAAACCAUAUAUGAUGUAUGACGGGGCUUAAUACAUAACUCGUGUUUUUCCUCUGUAUAUACCACUACUUUGCUCAUUUGAAAGCAAAUGAUGAGUGUCAUACAAGUCAAUAAAUCUAUGUGCUUCUAUAUUGUGCUAA